UUUUUUUUUUUUCCUUUUUCCCACAGAACCAUGAAAGAAAAUCAUCACUUGGGUUCAGAGGACAUCGUGGUUCAGAGUGAGCCAAUGGAUACCGACAUGGAUGCCCAUACCCAGUAUACAGAUCUGAAGCAGGCAGCAGAAACUUAUCGAGAGUCUGGUAUGUCUCCUGAUGCUGAGCGACUCGUGAGUGGUAUAAAAGCUAUCGAGGAAGAAGUCCCUUCACAAGCUGGGGAACUUACUGCUCAAGAAUCCCGAGAAGAGACUCCACCACUCUCUUCGUCUCCUUCAGAGUCGUCAGUCUCAUCAUGCUCUGACAAUGAGUUACCGACGCCAAUUACUUCAAGUCUAGAGGAUGAUAUCCAAAAGUUGCACGAUAAUCUUUUAUCAAGUACUUUUCAGAGCACCUCAUCCUUUCUCUUUAGUGAAUCCAGUAAUCUACGAUCUUCAUUAUCCUCCUCAUCUAGCCCUAUAACAACAACAACAACAACAACAAUGCCGUCGUAUUCUUCAUCUACUCUUCCCAUGCCAAGCAUAAUCCAGUCAAAGGAAUCUGUAUAUGCAGCUGUGCCUAUUUCACAUGAGCUUUACAUCAUACCCAAGUCAAGUCGCGGAUUCCAGUGGAAUGGAGAUCUUUUCCUAAAACCGUACCAGCGUCGCAGUCUCGGUGUUGAUCACAUGUUUAGUUCAACAAAUCACCACUACCAGCAGCAGUACCGUGAUGGUGGAAACAGUAGUGGAGGGAUUGCUCAUACUAAUGGACAGCAACACAACCAGCGCCAUCAUAACCAGGACUCAUCUGUUAUAGUCCAUGAGAUUCGUCUUGAUGAUAAUGAGACCGCCGGUAUUUUACCUUCUUGGCCAUGAAUAAGUUGCGGGAAAAGAUGUGAACGUGAAGAAGAGAGACAUAUCCAUCUUACUCCUCUUUCUUUCCUCCACGUGAGAAAAAGACCU